AUGAAAGCUCGUCAUGGAGCGGCGGAGGGGCGUCGGAACGAGGAGUGUGAUGGAGACCAAACUGGAAAUGGGGGCGAUAUUUCGAAAUAUAUUAGGACACUGGGCUCUAAAUCGUUGGGCGGAGUGAAACCGGUCGACUCAGUCGCGAGCUGUCGUCUUCUACCGUCGUCACAUUCACCCAAUCAAGGGCAGAUGGAAAACUCCCCACGUUUGGAGGAGCGAGAAAAGACACAGAGAAGUCUCAUACCCGCAGGAGGAUCCGGUGGAGGCAUGAUACGGGAUAAUGAAAAUGUCUGCAAUACCGCAAGUUCGUCUAGCGUUUAUUCGAUGGCUCAGGGAGGUGCUAAUGGGUCUGGGAACGGUACUUACCGAGUGGCCCAAGCGUGCGACAGGUGCCGUGCAAAGAAGACUAGGUGUGAUGGAAAGAGGCCACAAUGCUCGCAAUGUGCCCUGGUUGGAUUUGAGUGCAAAGUGAGCGAUAAAUUGUCCAGAAGGGCAUUCCCAAGAGGCUACACAGAGACGUUGGAGGAAAGGGUGAGGGAACUGGAGGCAGAAAACAGAAGGUUGGUAGCGCUGUGUGACAUCAAGGAACAGCAGAUCCACCUCGUUUCGAAUUAUUCUUCGGGCAAAAGUGACAAAGCCGUGGUGCUCGCAAAAAAAUCGGACGAGAGGAUGCUCCAGGAACUUAGUUUGGCAAGUGGUGGAGCGCUGCAGGUCUCCUCCACGAAUCUUUAUCUUCUCAACAAAACGCGGGACCAUCCAAGUCAAGACGAUUCGGAGAGGUUUCCAGAUGGGAAACAACACGCGGAAGCGGACAACGUGCAUUUGAAAGCCAGCGGUCAUGGAGGGCUAAUUGUAAAUCCUGUCUCAACAAAUUUAAAUGACCCCACAUCAGUCUCCUUCGAACAGAAUGAGGCGCCAGGACUACCAGCUGUGAAAGCGCUAACUUCAAUGAGCACAAGAGAACAAAGUACUCAAUUAGCUACUUUGGUUGCAUUAUCAGUUCCCAGGUCUACCGAAGAGAUUUUAUUUAUUCCCCAACUAUUGGCAAGAAUUCGAGAAAUAUACGGAUUCACAUCAAAACAAUGUCUUUACUCAGUUUCAUUACUGUCGUCCUUGAAGGCAAAUUUACCAGAACCUCAAUUAAUGAAAGGGGAUACCUUAGAUUGUCUUAGACAUAAAAAUCUGUGGGAAAUUGAUGAUCUUCAAAAAUUUUUAGUCGAGACAUUAAAGUUUGAUAUUAUAAAUGAAACAAAAAAUGAUACAAAGUCAAUUGACCUAUCAUUUAGUGAGAUUGAUGAAAUGGUUCAACUUUUUUUUGAUAAUUGGUCUACGCAUAUCCCUAUAUUGAAUAAAAAUGAGUUUUUUUCAUAUUAUGACAAAUUCAAAGAUGAUAUUAAGAAUCAACCAUUGUUGUUCAAAAAUAGUAAUCCGAAAUCGGCCACCCGUAGCAAGAUGAUCAGCUACAAAAUAUUUGCAUGUAUCCUUGUUUGUCUCUGUCAAAUGGGCUUACUGAUAAAAGUGAAAAGUGGUAAUUUGUCAAACAAAUCGAAUUACACAAAUUUGAUAUCAUACUACCAUCGCACAAUCACUUUAAUGUAUUCUAAUCCUUAUUUUGGUGUUUUGACCACCUCACUGCAGUCCCUCCAAUUUUUAUCGCUAUCAUUAUUUUAUUUUCUCAACGUUGGGAAUGUUUCAGCUAUAUACGAAUUGAGAGGACGUGUUGUAUCAAUGGCACAGCAAUUAAGGUUGCAUCGGUGUCCCAGCGCCGUUCUCGGAGGCUCAGGAUCUACAAUGAAAAAAAGAGAGCAAGGCGAUAGACGUGUUUUAUUUUGGGGUAUUUACUAUCUAGAUGUCUUUUCAGCGCUUCAACUAGGCGUUCCACGUCUUUUCAAAGAUUUUGAAAUUGAAUGUGCUUUACCAGUUUCCGAUAAUGACGAUAGGAAAGUCAGUCUUGCCGGUCAAAUGAUCCGAUUGGAAGGGUGCGUGAGUAAAUUUUCUUUGGCGGUUAUCAGAUUUGCCAAAGUUCUGGGUAAUAUUCUCGAUUCAAUAUUCAAAAGGGGAAUGACAGAAUCAAUAGUAAAAGAAAUAGCAUUAAUUCAUGAGAAUGCUUUGGAUAAUUGGAGAAGAGGUCUACCAUCCGAACUUAUUUUUGAAAUUGAUGUUAAUGGAACUAUAAAUAUGGAUGAAUUCAACAGAUUGAAGCAAAAUAACGCCAUUGUUGAGAAUAUGGAUGUAAUGAUUUUACUUGUACUUUACUUUUUGGCAAAAUCAAUGAUUCAUCUACCUGUUGUGGCUACCACGCGAUUGGAUUUAAGUGAAGACUAUUCGCACAGCGAUGAUGCUACUCAACUAGGUAUCUCUGAUUUUAAGGGAAAUGCGCAGGAAGAGUGUGGAAUGAAACAUAGAUCAUCAUCUUCAUAUGUUCUAUUACAGCAGGCUACAAAUACCAUGCUCAAUGUAUUGGAGUCCUUAAAAUCAGUAUAUUUACCGCUCCCAAUAAAUGUUGCUCGUACCAAGGCUAGAUUCGCUUUACUAAGUGCAAGAGGAUUGCUAGAGUAUACCAAAGGUGGUGCAUUAUUUUUGGAUAACAAAACACUACUUUUAAGUAUCGUUAAAGACAUCGAAGAUGACAGAAAGCUUGAAAUACCUGGUAUCAUCUCUUGGCAUAGUCUAAAACUUUUAGAUAUGACAAUUAAUCUGCUACUACACCCUCCAAGCACGAAUGUUGAGAAACUAGACAAAUUACUGAAAAGAAAACUUACCCAUUACAGUAGAUUAAUGGGACGUCCCUUCAUUAGAUCGCAAUCGGUUAGCCAAACUGACGUAAAACGUAAGUUUGACUGCGAAGAUCAUUCACAGGAUGAUAUUGACAGGAAAAACUCAAAUUUAACACCAGUCAGCUCGAAAGGUGAUACGACUCCACCUCCUGAAAAAAAAAUAAAAAAAGAGUACAACGAGUCUGAUAUCAAUGCUAUCGAAAGCGAACCAACGAAUUCUAUUGAUAUAAUUAGCGACAGCAAACAAAGGCUCCAUCAGGAGGAGCUAAAUAAUCCUGUCUCGACUCAAAAUGCGAUCGUGGAAGCAUUUCAACUUGACCCUGUGCUCAACAAUAACUUAUUGAGUGAUAUUGACUUAUUUUCUUUUUUCUCUAAUUGCAACAACAGAACUGAGCAAAAUGUCAAUUUGAGUUCUGAAGAGCAGUGUUACUUUGAAAAGGGCGCUACAACGGCAGAAUUGAAAAACAACCAGAAAUUUCACGAUAAAGUGCCAUCUUUCAGUCGUGAUAGCAAUGCAACAGAUGUGGUACAUGGACUUUUCCGCGUUCCGAGCAAUACAGAUUUUCUUAAUGACGAGUAUUACUUCCCCCCCAACUCUCAGUUCAAUAUACCCCAAUACAAUAUUCAGAAUAGCAUGAAUGCUAACGACGUACAAAGUAAACAUGCACAGAUCAAUAGAAAUAAUAACAAUGCAACAGCACCAAAUGCUGGUAUGUCAUUUUCCAACGUUAAUUUAAGUAGCUUAUUCGAUCACAUGCACAACGACGGUAUCCGCAAUGAGGCCUUCAAUGCAAAUAUUGCGAGAGGUAAGAAGAACGACACUAAUACUUCUGGUUAUCCCUUUGCGGUUGACGCUUCGUUAGGGUUGGCUCCGUUACUGGCAUGGACUCCUGAUAUGACUGUUCAAGCUACUAGUAUGACGAAUCAUAGUAGCAACGUCAGUGAUCGAACGGGCGUAAUAUUGGAUAGUGCAGUUCAACCGGAAGAAUACUCUUCAAAUCAUCUCAACUCUUCGUUAAAAUCGGGCAUCUCCAUGAAGAAAGGACAGCCACACACGAGAGAAAGAACUUAUGCAGGUUCUUCUUUGGUGGAGCAUCAGAAUGUGGUGCCACUUGUCCAGGAUUCCGCACAGAGUGGGAUCACAGGCGCAGAAGAGGAUUCCAGUAAUAACGAAAUUUUGACGCUCAGCUCGCGAAGAAGACCAAGACGUCGGCAAAUCGGCUAUCCGACUGACAAUGCACCAUAUGAGGGGCAAAAGAAUGCCAUUUCACAGUCUCGUGACAACUACGAGGAUUUGUUUCAGUGGCAAAAUUCUAAAUAG